CAUUGAUUAGUAUGAUUUGUAAUAUUAAUUGCAAAACUUAAUGGAUAUAGAUUAGAAUACCGCUUAUGUUUAUUAUGGAAUAAAGCUCCCUUAGUAUUCUUAUCCUUCACCCCACUCAACUAGCAAAGAAAAGAAAAGAAAAUGCGUUCCUUCAACCAAGUAUCCAACCCACCAAAAGGAAAAACACAAGGAAAAGAAAAGAAACAAAGAAUGUAUAUAACAUAUCUUAAAUGUUGAAUUUUCAUAGACGGCUAACUGAAUCAUGCUUGACAUGUCUCUCUAGGAAGUUGCUUCAAUAAGAGGCAAAGGGAGAGGGGAUAUCCUUGCAUAUUUUCUUUGCUCGAAAACAUAAGGAAAAGAAAAGAAACAAAAAAUGUGUAUAGCAUAUCUUAAAUGUUGAAUUUUCAUAGAUGUCUAACUGAAUCAUGCUUGACAUGUCUCUCUGUCAUUAUCCUCCUACAGAUGGCUGAACAAAUCCCAUUCAGCAUUGCAGAAAGCUUACUAACAAAGUUGGCCUCAUUUGUUUCUCAAGAAAUUAGUUUGGUGUAUGGAUUCACAAAAGAUCUUAGGAGGCUUGAAAGUACUCUCUCCUCUAUCAAUGCUAUACUUCUAGACGCUGAGAAGAAGCAGGAGGAGAGCCAUGCAGUGAAGGUCUGGAUAAAGAGACUUAGAGAGGUUGUGUAUGAUGCAGAUGACCUGCUGGAUGACGUAGCAACUGAAGGUUUGCGAAGAAAGGUUGAAAUUCAGGGAAGAAUGGUAAGGAAGGUAUGCGACUUCUUUUCUUCAUCAAAUCAAAUUGCAUUUCGUUUUAAGAUGGGUCAUAGAAUUAAAGACAUUAGAGAGAGGAUAGAUGAAGUUGCCAAAGAAAUGUCUAGCCUUGGGUUUAUAAGUAGGAAGGAACUUGAAGUAGAUAUGCCAGUUAAGAAUAGCUGGAGGGAGACAGACUCCUUUGUAGAGGGAUCUGAAAUGAUAGGAAGAGAUGGAGAUAAGGAAAAAAUCAUAGAGUCAUUGUUGUGUCUUGAAAAUGAAGAGAGUGUUUCUGUAGUUGCAAUUGUUGGUUUUGGUGGCUUGGGAAAGACUGCCCUUGCCCAAUUGGUGUUCAAUGAUAACAAUGUCAUAAAGCAUUUUGAUCCAAAGAUGUGGGUAUGUGUUUCUGAAGAGUUUGAUGUGAAAAUUCUAGUUAAAAAUAUUCUUAAAAGUGUAGGCAAAAAAGAUCUGGAUGAUUUAGGUUUGGACCAGUUGCAAAGUAACCUAAGGGAAAAGAUAGAAGGGAAGAGAUACUUACUAGUGUUAGAUGAUGUGUGGAAUGAAAAUAUAGACAAGUGGAAUAAUUUGAAAAAAUAUUUGUCAAUUGGUGCUAGAGGAAGUAAGAUUCUAGUAACUACUCGUAGCAAGAGAGUUGCUUUAGCUAUGGGUGCUGAUUUCUCUCAUGAUCUAGCGGUUCUAACAGAAGGCCAAUCUUUGUUUUUGUUUAAGAAGUUAGCAUUUAAAGAGGGGCAGGAAAUAUCAAACUCAAAACUCAAAAUUGGAGAAGAAAUUGUAAGAAAGUGUAAAGGAGUUCCACUAGCAAUAAAGACUUUAGGGAGCAUGAUGCGAUCAAUAAGCAGUGAAAGUGAAUGGCUAUCUGUCCUAAAAAAUGAUGUAUGGAAGUUGCUUGAGGGUAAAAGUGAUAUUGGUCCAGUGUUGAAAUUGAGUUAUGAUCACUUACCAAAUUAUUUAAGGCAAUGUUUUGCAUAUUGUGCUAUGUUCCCUAAAGAUUAUAAUUUUGGUAAGGAGAUGCUAAUUGAGUUAUGGAUGGCACAAGGCUAUGUUCAUUCCUGGAGUCAAAGUGGAAAUAAAAGUUUAGAGGAGAUUGGUGAUGAAUACUUUAAAGAAUUAUUAUUUAGGUCAUUUUUUCAAAAGGAAGGGUAUAAUUAUAAAAUGCAUGAUCUGAUCCAUGACCUUGCACAGUCAAUUGCAGGGAAUAGAUGCAUUGUAGCAAAUGAUAAUUCUAAAGACGUUGCUGAUGAAAUUCAACAUAUGUAUUUUGAGGCAUUACCUUCUGAGGAAUACUUGAGAAAACUUGAAGGGAAGGGUUUGAGGUCACUGAAUUUUUCUGAUGGGUUAGGCAUAAGUUCAGAUGGUAUUAUUUCAAAUUUUAAGAGCUUACGUGCAUUUUGUAUAAGAAGGUGGGAUAUCAUUGAAUUGACAGAUUCAAUUGGGAAGUUGAAGCACUUGAGGUAUCUUCAAAUGUCAGCAGUUUAUAAAAUUAAAUCACUUCCAAACUCUAUUUGUAGUUUGUAUAAUUUGCAAACUCUAAUUCUCAUGGAUUGUUGGGCACUGAAAGAAUUACCGAGAGACUUGAGAAAGUUGGUUUGUCUUAGACACCUCGAUAUUGCAUACUGUGACAGUCUAGAAUGCAUUGUUCCCAUUCCAAAAUAUUCUUCCUCUUUUUCAUCUGCAUCAACAACAACAUUCUUCCCAUCCCUAAAGUUUCUUGACCUCUUGAACUGCCCUAAUCUGAAGGGAUGGUGGAGAACGUGGAAGGACGCUGAGCCAUUGCCUCAAUUUGCUUGUCUUUCUCAAUUAAUCAUUGUGGAUUGCCCUAACCUGACUUUGAUGCCAACAUUUCCAUCUCUGGAAAAGGAGCUGUGGCUAUGCAAUGCCAACAUAAGACCAUUGGAUCAGACAUUGAACGUGAAGAUGAUGGGGGCAACGGCUUCCGCAUUACCAUCAACGUCUUCUUCUCCUUCUUCUUCAGUUGCUGCUCCACUUUCCAAAUUAAAGUCUUUGGUUUUAGAGGGGAUUGAGAAUGUAGCAUCUCUACCUGGAGAGUGGAUGAGGAACCUCACAUCAAUUGAAUAUCUACAGAUCUCUAGAUGCCCCAAUUUGACAUCCCUACCAAAAGAAAUGUGUCACAUCACCACUUUACAAGAGUUAAAUAUUGAUCAUUGCCCCCAUUUAUCUGAAAGAUGCGGACACCAUGAGGCUGCAGAUUGGUCCAACAUUGCUCACAUCCCAAAUAUCGUGAUUGAUGGGCGUGAUAUUCAAAAGGAGGGCUGCUAUUUAUUGGAAGAGGAAGGAUCCUCUUCUUCCACAGAGCAAGAAUAAAAAACAAAGGAUCAUUCAGCUGUCUAUCAUGUUCGGUAUAUACCUCUCUCCACAUUGUAUUUCAAUUGUUUCAUGAUUCUUCAAACUCUGACUUCUGUAUGGUGGCUUAUUGUGUGUUAUGGAAAGCUAAAUGGACAAGUUUACUUGUGUCAGCUUAUAUUUAUAUAGGUUCUUGUCUCUAAAGGCCAUUCUUCACUAUCUUUUGGGGCUCUUCUUAUCUGGGGAAUUCUUAUUUGUAUGCUUCUGUAAAUGCUUCGGGUUGAUAUGGCAGCUCCUGUGAUUCCACAGGUUAAUUGUAUACUUCCCUCCCCUUUUUUUUCUUUUUUCAAUUAGCAACCUCUAUUAGCAUCCACUUCUCUGUGGGCACAAAGCAAGUGUGCAGUUUACAUCAA